UUCCUGCCCGAUCCCUUUCCACCCCGUUUCCGGUUGUUUACCGUUUACCUGGGUGACGGUUUUUUUUAAACUUUGCUUUUGUGAAGAAAUGAAGCGGAACAAACACGGCCGUUUCGUGUCGGUGUCAAUGGCGCAGAAAAUGAAAAGGCUGUCCGAGGCUCAGCGGCAGCGGUGGAUACGCUCCGAGCGGCCGGGGCCUCAGUCCGAGUCCGGAGUUCUGCCGCGGGGAGACGAGGCCCCCGGGCCUGAGGUCGCUGUGGAGUCAGGUCACUGCCCCCGGCCUGUCCGGUCUGGGCCGGCUUUUAAUGACCGUCUCUCGUCGCCCUUUAAAAAGCUGCAACUCUUUGGUCUGGGAUUAUCCAAAGCUUGUCCUCACCUUGACUCAGUUAACACCCGCUCAGUGACUACACCUCUUGUUGCGACCACAAGCUACUGCCGUCUCUGUCAUGGAAGGUUUUCCUCUAGGAGUCUACGUAAUGUUUUUGCAAAAGUUCCUUUGCUCGAGGCAAAUCCAGAGAGGCAGCGCAGAGCACAGCAGACUUUCUGUACUGAUUUUCAGAAACUGGUCGGUGUUGUGGUAAGGCAGGAUCCGUCUUUGCCGCAGUAUAUCUGCAGGAAGUGUCAUGCUCAGUUUUACAAAUGUCGGAGUAUCUUGAGAAACUACAUUCAAAGAGUGAAUAGUUCACCAGUAGCUUCUGUACAACGUGGACAAGAGUCUAGCAGAUGUGCUGCAACCACAAAGUUAUCAUCAAUGCAGUCACUUUCGCAAUCACCGUUAGACAGUUCUAUCUCUGAUUAUUUUAAAUGGAUGCUAAAUGAUGGUGUAGUAAAUGCAAGCCCACAAUGUUUGCAAGUUUUGGUCACUUGGGCUCACCGACAUGGCAGCAGCUGUGGGUCCCUACCAAAUGUACAGAGUGUCUUAUCUGCCGAAUAUCGUGGAGUAGUUGGAGCAGUAUGGGGGUGUCCAGAAGGACACAGUUACAUCUUGGAUGUGCAUUCAAAUCAGAACGUUGCACUGAAUGAGAUGCCAUGCCCACACAUCAAGACUAAUGAUUCAGCGAUAAAGAAAAUCGUAGGAAACGUAUUAUCUAUCCCACCUCAAAAUGGAACAGGUGCUGAAAAUGGUGAGAGUGGUCCAAUCUGUAAACUUCAGCCAGUUCCAGUAUCACUGUGGUCAUCUGACUCUCAGCCUUGUACAUACAGUGGAGUAACUUCACAGCCAGUAGAUGUGGAUAAUUCAGAAUAUCUGCUAAGCAAAGAUAUGUUUUUGCAUAUAGAUCCUGACAGUACUGAGUGCUGUUGGGAAAAGGCUCAGUUACAGGAUGCUAUGCAUGUAUUAAAUUCAAAAGUAGAUCAAAUUGACUGCAACAAAGCUUCGUGUUCUAUAAAGGAUGAUGUUGCAGAUGGAUUAGAAUCUAGUGACCUCUCUGAAAGGUACUUGUCAAGUGAAGAUGAUGGGGAAGAAAAAAUUAAGAAUGGCUCUUCAGAUGAGUCUUUCCAGCCAUAUUGGGAGAAGAAUAAAUUAUCAGCUACGAAAUGUGAUAAAGAAGUGAAGAAAACUCCAGGACAGAGGCGUAUGCGAAAAUCAAAGUCAAACUGUGAAAGAGAAGAUUUUCCCACCAUGCACCGAUGUCAGUACAAGGGUUGUUGUGCAGUAUAUAGAGGAGCUGAUGGAUUGAAGAAACAUAUGAAAGAACGCCAUGAAGAGGUGCGUGAGCGACCCUGUCCUCACCCAGGAUGUAACAAAGUGUUUAUGAUUGAUCGCUAUCUGCAGCGCCAUGUGAAACUUGUUCACACAGAAGAAAGAAACUACAUUUGUGAUGAAUGUGGACAAACUUUCAAACAGAGAAAGCACCUGUCAGUUCACCAGAUGCGCCACUCUGGAGCAAAGCCUCUACAGUGUGAAAUUUGUGGUUUCCAGUGUAGACAGAGGGCAUCCUUGAAAUACCAUAUGACUAAGCACAAGGCAGAAGCUGAACUUGAUUUUGCUUGCAACCAGUGUGGAAAGCGGUUUGAGAAGGCCCACAAUUUGAACGUUCAUAUGUCCAUGGUUCAUCCCUUGACCCAGAACACAGAUAAAAACAAACCAGCUGAGUAUGUCGAAACAGAACCAAACCAACUAAGCACAGAUCGAUUCAUUGAGUGGGAAGCUAGUUAACAUUAAGCUAUUCAAGCGUGAGCAGAGCCAAAAGAAUGGAAUAUACCAAUUUGCACCUUCUGUCUUCAGCGGCACCAAGAUUUUCAUCUGAACAGAGAAUUUAUGAAUCUGUGCAACAUUUCGUUUGAUUGACAAGAAACAAGCAAGAGGUUUAAUUACAGUGUUAGAUGUUUGGUUACCUGGCUUUCGUUUUAAAGUGAAGCUUAAUUACACACCUUGAUUUUGGGGGAGAAGAAUGCCAAAUGCUUCAAUGUAUGAUGAUAUUGAGUGUGGUGUAACUAGUGAACACUGUUAAACAGACAAAUGUGAGAUAAUUGAAAGGGAGAGUGUAAAAUUAUCACGGCACCAACAAUGGUAUAGCUUGAAAUGUUUGAGUGUACUGAGAGGUGGUUUGGCUGAUUUGCUUCUGAUGGCCCUUCAAUGAAUGCUAAUUAAGUCUGAAUAAAGGCUAUUUUCAUAGGUUAUUGAGUAUGAGGUUUGUCUGAUGUUUUGCUGUCAAAUAUACCAAACAAUAAAGAGAAUUUUAAAGGGACAUGACAAUAUGUCUGCCUGUUUUAAAUGUGCACUAAAAUCCCAAAACUGCUAACCACAGAUGACUCAACUGUCUCCAAGUAUACAUUUCAGAAAAAUUGAGACAUUCAAGUUUGGGCUGCCACUCACUGUGCUGGUUGGUUGUUCUCCUCCUCUGCUGUGAAAACUGAACAUGGAAAUUACUAUGUAAUUGAAUUAUAUAACUUGAAUGAGGGUAGAGAAAAAGAUGUUUUAUUAACUGAACGUAAGCUGAAACUAUUUAGUCGGCACAAUUCUGUAAAUUUGAAUUAGUCACGAAUUCCCCAUCUCACCCAAUAAAACUUGCUUUUAUCUUGCUGUAAACCUGUAUUGGUAAAUAAGAUUGGAGUGCAUAAUAAAAUGAAGUUUUAUCAUGAACCCUGAAAUGUGGUUUUCAUGUAACCAUUCCUAUCUGCAUAACACUUACCACUUAGUACAUUGUCAGCAAAUAUAUUUCAGUGGUUUAAUACAACAAUUUACAUUGUGCAACUGUGUAUUUAUAUAUAGAGCCUGUCUAUGGUCAUUGUAUUACAUGAUAGUAAGCAAAAUGUAAUGCUGUUACAUUCUAAUGGGUAUAAAAAUGAGAAUUCCCAAUGUAGUCUGUCAAAAAGAAUAAAUUCUCUAGAACAAUUUAUUGAAAAAAUGAAUUGGCAAAGGACAAACUUAUAAUAUAAAUACAUGGUGAAAUCUUCUAUAACAAUGAGUGCCUACAUUAAACUUUUAGAUAAUUUACAGAACACCUCAAAAACUCUCAAGUCUCUGGUAUUUUAGGCAGGUAUACACCUUUUACAGUCAAUACGGGCAGUAAUUUUUAAAUUUGACAAACAAUACUUGAACUGUUUGCAAAUAAAGGUUUGUGCUUAGCAUCACAGAUCAGUAUUUUUUAAGUCAGUCAAUUACUGAAUUGACAAACUAAAGACCAGAAAUAUGUACAAGUGAUUGAUAUUGUUACAGUAAUAAACUUUUCUAAGAUAUGAUAUAACCAAAGUUAUUGUAUAAACAGUAUGAACCAGCUGAUGA